GCAGGGGCUUUCGCUACAGCGCCGUCGGCGCUGCGCUUCGAGCCCACCACUGCGAGGUCUGGCAACCACCAGGCCGACAAUUCUCCGCACCCGCCUUUGUGCCGGUGCCUGGGCAAGCGACCGAGAUGACCCGCUUGGAGGUCGAUCGAUUUGGAGUUCCCCAAUACGGGGGCGAGCCCGAGCUCUACGAGGAGUACGCAGAGAGAUGCUGGGAUCUUUGGUAUGGAAGAGAAGGGUCAGACCAUCAGGUGGCCACGCCUGUCCACUUGAGGUCCGGGCUCACUUCCGCUGCCUACUCCGCGGUUCGCAAGCUCGACCACACGAGCCUUAUCACAAAAGGCUCCGACGGCAAGCCCACCGAUAAAGGGAUACGCCUCCUGCUGCAGACCCUGAGGGACAACAUUGAGCAGGAGGCCCCGGUCAAGACGAACGAGCUCUUCUUCCAGGAGAGAGCAGGACUUCAGAAGACUGGAAGAAGUCCUGGCCGGGCCUUUGGCGGCCUUGACAGCCGCGAGCAGCUCAACGUGCUGGCCUCCGUGAACAACGAGUACGACUUUAAGAAGAUCGCCCAUGCCCUAAGGAUCCAGUACCCGACCUGCUCGGGGAAGCCGGUGUUUCGCAAGGACUAUUUGGGGUGUUCUCGGGUUGCCGCUGCUGCCGCCACCGCUCCUGGGAAGUUCCGGCCGCGGCCUUUCGCACCCAGACCAGCCAAGGGGAAAGGUCGUGGUUACGCCCUCGCCGUGGAGGAGGACGACUUCGACGGUGAGGAGGUCUUCCUUGAAGAGGGCGACCAGGACUACGAUGAGGAGGCCUAUGAGGGCGGCGAGGCAACGGACGACGAUCCUGUGGAGGCUCUGGUUCAGGACCUUGACUUCACCGACGACCAAGAGCUCGCGGAAGCCCUGGCCACCGUCCUUCAGAAACGCAAGGGGCAAGGCGCGGGUUCUUCGGGGAAGGGAGCACCACAGAGCUUCCCUUUCCGAGCAAAGGGGGAGAUGACCCUCGACCAGAAAGGUAAGGAGUCCCGCCGCAACGCCGUCAAGUUCUUGAAGACCGUCACCCCUUGCACCGUUUGCGGUCUGAAGGGGCAUUGGGCUGGCGACCCUGAGUGCCAGCAAACAAGAAAGACCGGGAAGGGGAGCCCGGGCGCCUCGCCCAAGAAGCGGGGAUUUCCCAAGAAGAAGCCGUCCUCCUCUUCCGCCUUCUACGUGGACGGCACGGAGGAUGCCGCCCAGGAGGAAGAGGUCUUCAUCACGGGCCUUCUCCCGAGCCCGACCGCGAAGUUCGGCGUCUUCUCCAACAUGUUCGAGCUGCACGGUGCCGAGCCCGAGUCCUACAUGGUGCCGAGGGCCGACGAGCUGUGCCAACAUGCUAGCUACAACGGCGGCGAGGAGAAGAAAUUUCAUCGGUCGGCCAAUGGGCAUGUGAGACAGGUGCUUUGCAAGGAGCACGAAUGUGACCGUGCCGUGCUGGAGGCCCGGCGCAAGGAGCCGCUCGAGCUGUGGAGGUUCCUCACCAUGAUCAUUUUGGGAACAAUGGGAAGGAAGGCCCGACACCGGGUCUGGACUCAGGCCCUCCACCACGCCGAGCUCGAGGCCGCGAAGGCGAAGAAGGAGGCACCAAGCUUAGCAACCUUUCAGGUUCGGCUCCAAAUGGCCCAGGGAGAUGAGCGCUUAACGGCCCCGAGCCAGACAAAGCCCGGAGAUCGACAGACAAUCCCUGGACCAUGGAUAGUGCGCCACGAGACCAUGGAGCAGCGCAUCUGGGUGUACGGCGUCUGCGUCUGCGCCUCCCUAGAGCUUCCCCCUUUGCCCCAGCUUGCCGCCGAGGACCUCGACAUACUGCAGCCAGUCCCUGCCGAUGAUCACCUGCUGGGCCCGUCUACUCCGUACGCUGGGCGCACCUACGUGGAUGUGGCUUCUUGCUCUGAGUGCUCGUGGUGGUGUUCACAGAUCAUGGCGUUUGCCCUCGGCAACCACCCCAUGCAGCCGGAGAUCUACGCCUUUGGGUUUUAUCUCUUCGGCCGCCUGACGCUGAUCCGGGAGGCGGUUGCAAGGAUGCAGGGACAUGGUUUCUACGAGAGGCAGCUUCGCAUACCCGUGGCAAUGGACCAGCACCGCCUCGACAUUACGAGCGAGCAGGACUGCGACGUGAUGAUGGUUGGCCUGGCUGGCGACGGCGCGGGCGAGGAGCUGAUCCCCUCCUCCUAUGUGGCCUCCGAAUCGGACCCGCCCGGCCUUGCCAUCCUGGACAGCGGCUGCACCAAAACAAUGCACGGGGAGGCCUGGGCGGAGCGCUUCGAAAAGGAGCUUGUGGCCCUAGGGCUUUCCUUUGGAACCCGCCAGCGGCCUCAGUUGUUCAAGGGCGUCGGCGGGCACAUCAAGAGCGAGGUGGUGAAGGUCUACCCCGUCGGCCUGGCUAAGGUGCACGGUGAGAUGUGUAGUUCUGAGGUGCCGGGCCCCUUGCCCUUGUUACUGUCGAGGCCCUUCAUGGAGGAAAUGGGCACGGUCAUGGACAUUGGAAGGGGCACGGUGAGCUUCGUGGCCCUUGGUGUCGCCGACCUCCCCCUCGUGAAGACAUCGCGUGGCCACUUGGCCGUGGACCUUCUCGACUUCGACCGCGCGGCCUUCACCGAUGACGGCUCUUUGCCCGAACAGGCGCUUGCGACCAGCACCGUCCAGGCUGCAACUUCGAGCGAACAAGGACGGACCUCAGCCACCACCGCCACCAAAGAGAACGAGGGCUCGCCCGAGAGGCGGUACAUGACCCAGCAGGAGAUCUUCGAGAUGCAGGAGCUCUGCCUGGGCGACUCGCAGGAGGAUCCGGAGGUGCCCGAAGGAUGGAACCCAGACGAUUGGAACGACCACCUGGACCACAUGCACACUCUGCGCCUCGACGUCGAGAACUGGGAAGAGGAGGAACGAGAUGGAGGCCCAAAGGGCUUCUUAACGGAGAACGCCACCGAGGACCUUAACUACUUCGAGGAAGCCAUGCUGCUCACCCCGCACGCCUUCCGCAAGGUCACCAACAAGAAAGGCAAGAAGCUGGAGGGACUGUCUUCUGCGGUGGACAGCGACGACUUCGUUUUCCGGCGAGUUCUCCGUGGCAAGGCCCAGGUCCCAAACAAGCCCCGCGCAGGACGGACUUGGGUGAAGCAGCUCUAUGGCUUUGGUGUCGGCUUCAGCCUCCUCUGUGUCUUGGCGGGCAUGGCUGUGGCUUUUUUGCCUGGCGGCACCGAGCCGGAGACCAGCUUCAACUACAAGGCAAGACGGCGGAUUCACAACGACUUCCAGGUUGAAGACCCCUAUGUGACCAUCGCCUGCCUGCCGCUUCCGUUCUCCCAGGUCGACCCAGGCCUCAACAAGGUGCUCCUUCCCAAGGACAGCCACCAGGAGCACGACAAGUACACCGAGUUUGUUGAGAAGAUUGUUGUGGCACGUGCCCGUGCCAAGCGGCAUGUGAUACUUGCAGCACCGAGGUCCUGGAGCUACAGCGAAGGCCCCGGGAACGAGGAGAUUUACAAGAUGAUCGACGCAGGCGAUUUGGUGGCCUUUGCCGCCGGCGGGGCCCACGGCCCGACCUUCUUGACUACCCUCGUUACCCUCGAGAGCGCUUUGCAGGGCUGGUCCUCAGCGAAGGCAAGGUGGCACGACGACCGCGCACUACAUGAACACAUCCUGGACGCUGUGGUCCAGCAGGCCGUCGUCGAGGAGACGGCCGUCGCCGAGAUCAAGGAGGCCUUUCCCCUAGAGCCGGUCUCUCUCAGGAUGUUUCGAAAACGGAAGAAGAGGGGACCUGCCACCUUGACGGAGCAGUUCAACGCGCCACCGGUCUAUAUUCGCCCUGGGGACGUCGAGCCGGUUCCGCCGGAUGACGCCACCGACCGGACCCUUGCCGAGCUGAUCGAGGAGCCUACGGGAGCCGAGCACCUGAGGUAUGCCGCAGAUGGCGACGAUCACAGCCAUCGGGCUAUCAUGGCUGACCAGCUGGAUCCCGUUCUGAACAUGACCGAGUCCGAGAGGAGACGUCGGUGGCUAGCCCUCGACCCGGAGAUCCGCAAGGUCCUUCGCCAGCUCCACGUGCAGUUCGGGCACCCUACGAACACAACGCUCCAAAGGAUACUUCGUCGGCAAGGUGCCCGGAUGUCGGCCGUGAAGGGGGUCGACUAUCUCUCCUGCGAUGCUUGCGGGGAGUCCCAUCGGAACCGACGGCCGAAGCCUGUGCGCCUCCCCGGGAAGUACGAGUUCAAUGCCCAUGUCCAGGCCGAUGUCUUCUACGCCAAGGACGUCAACGGAGUGCUCUUCAGCUUCCUCAAUGUUCUCUGUGAGGCUACGGGCUUCCAAGUUGUAUCCUGCAUGGGAACUUCUCAGGGGCCACCGGCUUCCUCUGCUGUGCUUCGACACUUCCUCACGUCUUGGUCCAACUGGGCGGGGCUACCUUCCAGCAUCCAGGUAGACCGUGGAAAGGAGUUCAUGGGAGCCUUCGCCUCUUACUUGAAGCGUUUCGGAGUCGAACAAGAGGUGAUGCCUUUGGAGGCUCCGUGGAAAAACGGCAAGGUGGAGAAAGCAGGCGGUCUCUGGAAGGACGUACUCGCAAGGGUCGUUGUCGAUAUGCAGGUGAACGGCCUCAGGGACAUGACCGUUGCCACUGCCAUCGUCACCCAGGUCCGGAACAGCUUCCCGAGGCGAUCCGGAUAUGCCCCCGUACAGUGGGUCUUGGGUCGGCCCGACACGAAGUUGCCAGGAAGCCUUCUUCAAGAAGGAGACCAAGACCGCCUCGAAAUACUUGAGGCAGCCGCGGACCCGCACUCAAUGAUGGCAAGAAGUUUGGGUAUGCGAGAGGCAGCGCGAGUGGCCCAAAUCAGGCUCGACAAUGACGGCCGAGUGCGCCGUGCUUUGCUCCACCAGGCGGCUCCCACUCGAGGCCCUUUUCCUGUCGGGUCCUAUGUCUACUUCUACAGAGCACAAGUACUUCCCGGAGCUUCUCGUGCUUACCGCUGGCAUGGGCCAGCCAGAGUGAUAGGAGUUGAGAUCCGAAACCAGCGCCGUCUUGAACAGCCGGAGCCAGCAACCGAAGGCGGCCAGCCACAUUCUUACUGGCUGCGCUUCGGAGCAAGCGUGAUCCUGGUUACCGGGGAGCAGCUGCGGUUUGCGAGUGAAGAUGAGCUGCUGGCCGCCCACUCUGUGCCGGAGGUCGCUCUCCCCCCGAGCUAUGCGCGCGGGGCCAAGGGUUACAUGGACUUGAGGUUGCCUACCACUAGGGUGCCUCCACCUACGACCUUGGAGAGUACGUCGAGGGCCGCGCCGAGGACAAGCGUGGCUCCAUCUUCGGUGGCCGCAACUACUCGACCACCGCCCUCUGCUUUGGUUCCGGGAACUGAUAUCGUGACUACGCCGGACCUACUUCCUCCGGUUCCUGAAGAUGACGAAGGGCUACUUGAUGGAGAUGGUCCCGGCCAAGAAGCACCACUGGAACCACUGCAGAACUCAAGGACGGGCGCGGGGGCAUCAUCCUCAACAGAUGGAGGUGCUCUUUCCAGCCAAGAAGCACCGCUUGAACCACGGCAGAACUCAAGGACGGGCGCGGGGGCACCAGAUGUAGAUAUGCACAGGCAGUCGUCGACAGUCUCUUCCGCAGAGCCAGAACCUAUGCCUAGCACACCUCUGGUCGGGCCCGCGCCGCCACCCGCGGCAACACACCAGGUACCACAAGCCUUUCAUGACCCAGACCGUCUUGAUGGAUAUCGUCCUCUUCGAGGUGGGCGAUCCGAAGCACCUGACCCCUAUCUUGCAGAAGACGUGCCCUGGGACCUUCCGCCUGUGUCGCAUAUGGUCAGGGAACAGCGGCUAAGAAAGAUGGUCGGUGACACUGAGGAGUACGAGACCGACACCACGGAUGAAGAAGAAGAUGCUGAAGACCUCUUCUCCUACCUGACGCCCGCCGACAUCUUCCUCACGGGCAAAGCUGUUCGCUCCGAGAUUAAGCUCAAGGACCUUAGUCCGGUUGAGAGGGAGAAGUUCGUUGCGGCCAUGGCCAAGGAAUGGUCAUCCUGGGAGAAGUUCAACGCCGUGGAAGUGCUCACCCCAGACCAAGUGGCGCAGCUCCCGGGCGAUGUGCGCGUGAUCGGGACCAGGUGGGUGCACACCGACAAGAACCAGAAGCAAAGGCUCCUCGCCUUACAUGUGCGAGGGAAGACAGGGAAGAGCAAGGAGCAGGUCAUGAAAGAGUACCCCUUCGCCGCGAAGUCAAGAUUGGUGGUGCAAGGGUGCCAAGAGGACUCUCGUGACAUCCGCUCCGACAGCCCAACUGCGAGCCUACUCGCAUUCAACUUCCUCUCUGCCGUGGCGGUUUUGAAUGGAUGGGAGGUCGCGGCCAGUGACGCCUCGACGGCCUAUCUGCAGUCUCAAGGGAUAAGCCGGCUCCUCAUUUUGAGGGCACCUCGGCCUCCACCACCAGGCCUGGGACCCAACGAUUUGCUGAGGGCAAAGGGGUCCAUCUACGGCACCCGAGACGCAGGACGACAGUGGCGGAAGAAACUUUACCACACCCUCCGCAAGCAUGGGUGGAGGAUGUCGUCCAUCGAAGCCGCUCUCUUCAUCCUCUCCGACGGCCCCCUCCUAAUGGGCAUCAUGAUCUCCCACGUCGAUGACCUGUACAGUGCCGGAGAAGGAGAAGCCUACGCGGGGACCCUUAAAGAACUCGAGACCGAGCUGCACCUGACGAUCAAGAAGGGUUCCUUCCGGUUCUGCGGCAAGAACAUCAAACAGAUCGACGGCGAGAUCUUCUUGGACCAGAUGGACGCGAUCGAAGGGAUCGACUACAUGAUCCUCCCGACCGAGAGGAGGAAGGCCGUGAACACCCCACUGACGGAGGCUGAGAAGACGGCCUUUCGCGGGCUCAUCGGGCAGAUGGGCUGGGUGACCAGACAGUCGAGGCCGGACCUGAUGGUGAACGUGAGCCUUGCUGCCCAGUCCGUCAGCCACCCCAAGGUCAGUGACGUCGUGCGUUUGAACCGGGCCGUGAAGAUGCUGAAGGAUACCUCCGAGGCAAGGUGGUGCUUUAGGAAGAGCGACCUUAAGCUCAAGGACGCGGUCGCCUUCGCCUUUGCCGACAGCAGCUUUGCCAACGCGGAAGGAUCCAAGAGCCAGUGCGGCUAUGUGGUGGGGCUCACGAGCCCCGACAUCUUCCGAGGAGGACCGGUGCCGAUCUACAUCGUGGAGGCUUUCUCGGGGAGCAUCAAGCGGGUGUGCCGUAGCACAUUGGCUGCUGAGGCAAAUGGGUUCCUCAGCGGGGCCGAGGCUGCCGAGUACCUGCGCUCCCUCCUCAUGGAGGUCCUUCACCCGAACGUGUCCGUGCGGGACCUGGACCAGCUCUACUUGAAGAAGAAGAUGGCUUGCUUCACCGACGCCCGCUCGCUUGAGCAGACGCUGAACAAGGACGCCGGCCAGCCCCAAGACAAGCGGGUGAGAAUCCUCAUAGCCCAGGUGCGCGAGAUGAUCGGAGAAAACACGUAUGAUGAUGACGCCCCAGGCUUUGCAACAUGGGUGGAUACCUCGCAGAUGCUUGCAGACGUCCUCACGAAGGAGAACUGCGACAGGGAGCCCCUUUUGCAUGCCCUCGCCGAAGGCGUAUGGCAGCUCGAUCCUUCGGAUGCGGCCAGAGAGCGAAAGCUCCUGAUUCGCGCGGGGAGGCAUUCCCGUAAGGUCGCCAAACAAGCGCGAGCCGAGGACGGGUGA